GUCUUGGAUCUUCCCUUGACGUUUGGAUGCACAGAAGCUAAAAGAGAUGCAAUGCUUUAAACUUUUUUUUAACAUAUAUUUGAUAAAUGUGCUCCUUUCCAUAAUAUCUACGCGAUUUAUGCCUUUUUAGGUGUCAAUUGAAUGUCAUGGUUUCCUGCGGCCAUGUCUUGUAAAUCUAAAGUUGCCCCCAGUGUUGACUUCGACCACAGCUGCUCUGAUAGUGUCGAAUAUUUGACACUCAACUUUGGCCCUUUUGAGACCGUCCAUCGCUGGAGGAGGCUACCACCAUGUGAUGAGUUUGUGGGUGCAAGGCGUAGCAAGCACACUGUUGUGGCAUACAGGGAUGCCAUCUACGUCUUUGGUGGAGACAAUGGGAAGAAUAUGCUUAAUGACCUGUUACGGUUUGACGUGAAAGACUGCUCAUGGUGCAGGGCAUUUACUACCGGCACCCCACCAGCACCAAGAUAUCACCAUUCUGCUGUUGUGUAUGGAAGCAGCAUGUUUGUAUUUGGUGGCUACACUGGAGACAUCUAUUCGAACUCCAACUUGAAAAAUAAAAAUGAUCUGUUUGAGUACAAGUUUGCCACUGGACAGUGGACAGAAUGGAAGGUGGAGGGACGUUUGGUUGCCAGAUCUGCCCAUGGAGCCACAGUCUAUAAUGACAAGCUUUGGAUUUUUGCCGGAUAUGAUGGAAAUGCAAGGCUGAAUGAUAUGUGGACCAUUAGUCUUCAGGAUCGUGAGCAGGCUUACUGGGAAGAGAUUGAACAAAGUGGAGAAAUUCCCCCCUCUUGCUGUAACUUCCCUGUGGCUGUAUGCCAGGAUAAGAUGUUUGUAUUCUCUGGCCAGAGUGGAGCCAAGAUCACCAACAAUCUCUUUCAGUUUGAAUUCAAAGGCCACAUAUGGACUCGUAUCCCAACUGAGCACUUACUGCGUGGUUCCCCUCCACCUCCUCAGAGACGCUAUGGACACACAAUGGUGGCGUUUGACCGUCACCUGUACGUGUUUGGAGGGGCGGCAGACAACACACUGCCCAAUGAACUGCACUGCUAUGAUGUAGACUCUCAGACCUGGGAGGUCAUUCAGCCCAGCACAGAUAGCGAAAUGCCAAGUGGGAGGCUGUUCCAUGCAGCCGCUGUUAUUCAUGAUGCCAUGUACAUCUUUGGUGGGACAGUGGAUAAUAACGUGCGCAGUGGAGAAAUGUACAGGUUUCAGUUUUCUUGUUAUCCAAAGUGCACACUUCACGAAGACUACGGGAAACUUUGGGAAAACCGUCAGUUCUGUGAUGUCGAGUUUAUCUUGGGAGAGAGGGAGGAGAGGGUUCUUGGUCAUAUCGCCAUAGUAACAGCUCGCUGUCAGUGGCUUCGCAAGAAGAUUCUACAGGCAAGAGAUCGACAAAAACAGAAGAGUAAACAGGAAGCCAAUGAGGAGAGUGAGGAUUGUGGCUCAGGCAGUCAGAAGGACAGCUCUGAAAGUGGAAGGACUUCAAGAGGACCUCCUUUAUUAGAAGUAUCAAUCCGAGAGGCAGACGCUCAACCAUUUGAGGUUUUGAUGCAGUUCUUGUACACAGACAAGAUACAGUACCCACGCAGAGGUCACGUCCAGGAUGUGCUGUUGAUCAUGGAUGUAUAUAAACUCGCUCUGAGUUUUAAACUGUCUAGACUGGAGCAGCUCUGUGUUCAGUACAUUGAGGCGUCAGUGGAUCUGCAGAAUGUUCUGAGUGUGUGUGAAAAUGCAAACAAACUUCAGUUAGACCAGCUCAAGGAGCAUUGCUUGAACUUUGUGGUGAAGGAAAGUCACUUUAACCAGGUUAUCAUGACUAAAGAGUUUGAGCGCCUGUCCACUCCACUGAUUGUGGAGAUCGUGAGACGAAAACAACAGCCGCCUCCCAGAGUCUAUUCUGACCAGCCAGUGGAUAUAGGCACAUCUCUCGUGCAGGACAUGAAGGCCUGUCUAGAGGGAGCAGGGCACGAGUCCUGUGACAUCAUUCUUUUGCUUGAUGGUCAUCCGCGCCCUGCCCAUAAGGCCAUACUGGCUGCUCGCUCCAGUUAUUUUGAGGCCAUGUUCCGCUCCUUCAUGCCAGUGGACGGACAGGUGAAUAUUUCAAUAGGUGAGAUGGUUCCCAGUACACAGGCCUUUGAAUCUAUGCUGCGCUACAUUUAUUACGGGGACGUCAACAUGCCUCCAGAGGACUCGCUGUAUCUAUUUGCAGCACCUUAUUACUAUGGUUUCUCCAACAACAGACUGCAGGCCUACUGCAAACAGAACCUGGAGAUGAACGUUACAGUGGAGAAUGUCUUACAGAUCUUGGAGGCGGCUGAUAAGACUCAAGCUCUGGACAUGAAGAAACACUGCCUGCAUAUAAUCGUCCAUCAGUUCACAAAGGUGUCCAAGCUCCCCAAUCUGCGAUCGCUAAGCCAGCCACUGCUGUUGGACAUCAUUGACUCACUGGCAUCCCACAUAUCUGACAAACAGUGCACUGAGAUGAGCUCUGAUAUAUAGCCUCUCCUCCCCUUCCUUCUCCCAUCCCAUCCACUACGAACGUAUUUAUUUAAUCAUCCGAUCCCGCUUCACACCCCAUUCUGUGUGCUGUUUCACUACCCGUAGAUUUUAUUUAUCAAAAUUGUGAUUAGGAAACAUGCUGGAUGUUUGUACACUCUCGUUUACUUUCACAUAAUACUGAAAUCAUAUUUUGAAAAUGCACUUAAUUGUUAGUGCACAUUACACCAGUCUAAUUUUAGUCUACUGCCCACAAAAUGAUAUAAUUAGACAUACAAUUUAAUGUCCCACAUAAUCAGAGCAUUAAAAAGACUACCGCAAUUGGUGUGGAUCUAAUGGAAAUCUGUUCAGGUCACAUUUCACUGCAAAAUAAAAAAUAAAAAAGUAUGAUUUUUGGUAUUGUGACUUUGCUUCCAUUCCUCCCAAAAAUGUAAUUAAGUAAUGCGUUUUCUUUUGAAUUUUUGUUUUGUUUUUUGUCAUUCCCAUUAUUCUUUAUGGUGUUUCUCAUUAAAUUAUUAGUUCUUUACAUUUACAUUUAUUCAUUUAGCAGUAUCCAGAGAAUCGUACAAAUAUGGAAAACAGCAAAAGCGAGAAAUAAGAGAAUUGCUGCCAUACAAAGUUUCAGGUGUGCUCAAAAAAGUACAAGCAGAGAGGAAAGUGAGACAGUGGUGAAGUAAGAAAUUAAAACUUUUUUUUAAUAAAGUAGUAAUUAUAUAGUAUUUUAUAUUCUGUAUUACAAGAAAUUAAAAAAUACUGCAAUGAUUUAUAAUUAAAAUCAGCACAAAGGCAGUACAAAAAAUACUACCAUUAUUUCUAAAUACUUUAAUCAAAAUUACUUCUAUAUGUGUGUAUAUAUGUUUUUUUGUUUUGUUUUUUGCAUUACAUUAAUGAGGUGUUUUAUUUUGUAUUCACAAAAUGUACAUUUUGUAAACAUGCUUAAUUUUCAUGAUAAUAAUUUCACAUGGCAAAAUAUAUUUUCUUGAUUUUGGGUUGAAAUAUGACUUAACAGAUUCCAUUCUUUUACAUUUAGCAAUAAAUUGAAUUCACAAUUGAAGUUCUGUUUUAUAUGAUAUUCUGCACUUUAUGAAUGUAGUAGUAGUCAGAUUGAUUUAUUCCUAUACCUUGUAUUGACUCUGUUGCUGUUAUCUUAAGUUAUGUCAGUGCUUGUGAUUACACCAUUAUGACAGUAUCAACAUAAUUGUAAAAGUGGAUCAUCACAACAACAGUCAAUGUUAAAGGUCAUGUAUACUCUACUGUAACCAUGUAAAUGAAGCUGAAUUAUCUGUUGGCCCCUGUGGGCACUAUGCCUUAAUAAAUUGUGCAAC